AUGGUUGAUGAUGCAAUUAAUGUAGAAGGAAAAAAAAGGAAAAUUCAUGUUGCUUUCAUUCAUGGCAAAGAACAAGAAAUAAAAGUUCUUCCUUAUUUUCUUAUGUUAUUAGGAAAGAGGAAAAAAAGGCGGACAAAAAGUUUAAAAGAAGUCUCAUGCAUUGAAAAAGAAAUCUCUGUUACAUCCCCAUACAACUUUUUGAACAUCGACUAG